AUGGCGUCAUUGCCGCCGUCGCAGCCGCGGUGCGAAGUGCCCGCUGCCGUAGCAACACAUGCGCUGCGGCCGCUUCAUUCUCUUCCUCCGCUGCCCACUUCAGCGCCUGCUGGCUCGAGUGCUGCGUUGUAUGAAGGUGUGCGCCUUACCCCCAGUGCGCUGAAGUCCAUCAUCGGGUACUUGCCAUGCAACGCCACCGCUACCAUCGGCAACACAGCUAACGUCCACAGCAACGGCGGUGCCGUGAUCAGUGUCAGAGGUGAUGCAGACGGCCGACUAGCAUACUCACCGCUCAUCAUGGCCGACACGCUCUUUGCAGCGGCGGCACAGGCGCCAUCCACAUCCGCAGCGACCGCUACCUCCGCUGGCGCACCGUUGACACCGCCGGUGCCGGUGACCGCGACGAGACCGCUGGCAUUCAUGGCGGCGUCUCCGCAGUCGCGGCGCGGGCUGGAGAUGCACCUCACCGGUGGCUGCGCGCUGCCGCCACUUGGCUCGCUGGUUCUGCAGGUUCAGUCACAUAGACCGUCGCCGGUCACCGCGAUGCGUCCGUUGCGAGUGGGUGCGCUGCACGCGUCUCGACGCCGCAUGGCCUCCCCAGCGCAAAUCGCGGCUGCCCAUCGCGAUGAGAGGGCGUCAGCCGCGUUACUCCCGGCACUUAUUGUAUCGUCUACAAACGUGGCCAUCCCGGCGCUGCCGUUUCAGCCAGCGCGCUCGCUCUCGAGCUCGCCAGUCACGCAGCCGCAGACGGCAGCGAUGCAGUCGACGUCAUCAACUCCGUUACCACCAGCAAUGGCAGCGACCCUCGGCGACGAUGAUGUCCGCACAUCGGGCAGCUUUUCGCCAGCACCCCAACCGCCGCCGCUACCCUCGGGGUCUGCUGUUCGUCAGAGUCGCCGACUUCCAGUGGUUGCCGCAACGCCGCCCGCUGGCUGGUCUCCAUUCACCUCGGCACUGGUGGCGCGGACACGCACCAGCCCAGUCUCGGCUUCGCGCCGCUCGCUGAACACUGCGUCACCGACCUCGCCAGCGCAGGAGGUCUUCGGUGCGGUGGCGGCGGGGCCCGACAGCAAAGCCACCUUUCCGUUAGGUGCCAGCGAAACCCCCACAACGCCCGCCUGUGCUUCCACCGGCGCGUCGCCAUCGCUGCGGCCUGCGCGUGUAACACCGCCUGCUACUCCUCCUCCGCUGGUGCCGCCUCCGUCGUGUAAGUCCGCCGCUCUGCAGACGCUCUGCCACGCGCUGUGGUGGGUGCGCCGCGGUCCGUUGCCAGUGUCGCUGAGUCUCUGGCGGUACAAGCAAGCGGACAUGCCGUUUGUGUGGGCGAUGCUGUCAGAGUCACCUCCGCCACUCCUGCAGGAGGCGGCGGGGCUGGUGAUGAGGGAAAAAAACACGGAGAAACCACGACCUCCUCCCUCAUCACCAAUGCACGAGCGUCGCGGUCAGGCGGCACACGCGCUUGAUGAGCCUCGGGAAAACUGUCAUCCUACUCCAGCGAGAGAGGGCGAUGACGUGCGCGGCUUUAGGGCCCCUGUCCAUGACCCGGGCCAUGGUCUCGUGGCUGAUGUGAGUGGCGCGGCAGUGGUGGCUCCCAGCGCCGAAGGGGUGACCGACACAACACAGUCGCCUGGCAUCACGGAAGUCACUACGACCACCGCUGCCUGCAGUGGGCACUUGUGCCUUGCGUGUCAUUCUCCGAACUUCAAUCCUGCAUCGACACAGCCGAUAUGGCCCCCAGGAGCACCAGAAGGAGAGGGAGCAGCUGCCAACGCCAACAACAACGACGCACUUGCGCAUCGACUGGGCAGCCCUGCCGACACCCUGCUGCCGUCGUCUUGUGCACCGGCGGCACCAGCGAACCCCAUGCUUCGCUCCCCUGUGAUGCAGCUGCAUGUCCACGGCAAGGCGGCCGAUGCCGCGCUGACGGAGCUGCUGCCAGCCCAUCCGGAGGUGCGUUCGCUGCGUCUCACGCAUGGCACCCUGUCUGACGCGCAGCUGCGACACCUCGCCCGCGUCUGCCCCGACGUGACGCAUCUGUCGCUGGCCAUGAACAGUCGAAUCCAGACAACUGCCUUUCUGUGCCCGCCAAUGUCGGAUACCUCAUCCGUAUCGCCCUCGGUCACCACGGUCACCACGACGGCGACCUCGCGGACGGCGACCGUGGGCUUGCCCAAGCAGGACUUUCAGCACCAACUCACUCGCCUGCAUCCGGGAGGGGUGUACCACACUGCCGCCACCACCGCCCAGACGGCACCGCCGGUCUUGUCACCACUCUCCUCUCGGCCUCCCUUUGCGACGCGUGGCGUGAGCGACGACGCCUCGCACGCGCGGCAACGCAGCCUGCUGCGGGGGGCAGCGGCAGCGAGCGACACGGCGGACGCGCUUGGCACUCGCAGCGAGGGCAGCCGUGGGACGGACGCCUCCCCGGCGCAGUCACCGUCGUAUCUGCCACACAGCCUGUGCCCGCCGUACCAGAGCAGCCAACUCGACCUCUUCGCCCCGGACGAGGAAGGGGAGCUGGAGAUGCGGAUAUCACUUUGGCAGGCGGCGCAGACGAAUGCGGAGGAACGGCGCCAGCCCGUCUUCAUUGUGCGCCCGCAGGAUGUCAUGCUGGGCAGAUAUGGCGGAGCAGCAGGCAAGGACAGCAGCCGUCCUGGUGCCUCGCCGACUGGUGGUGGCAGGGAUGUUGCUGCUGGCGCUACCGCUGCGGCAUCCUCGCGCACGCUGCAGGACAGCGCCAUUGAGCAGUGGACGGCGUCGCACCAGCGGCCCUUACCGCACACUAAGGCUGCCACCGUCGGAGGCACGUCGACAAGCACAGAAUCAGCUCACGCUUCUCGGAGGGCUGCACCAGGGGCGCCACCCCUGAUGACCAGCACAGCGGCCUGCCCUGCGGAUGUGUCCGGCACGAUACUCAGCCCGCUUCACCUGUCUUCAGCCGCACAUACACCGACGCUAGCUUCAGCUUCAGUUUGGGCUCACACAGACCCUCGACACGGCCUGCGGCCGCGGUCGAGCAACGCGUCGUACCCGGAGCUGGUGGUGUCGCUGCGGCAGCCCUCCGCGCCGACGUCGACCUCCGUCACUGCGGCGGCCUCGCCGUUAGCCUUGCCUUUGUCCACGCCUCCCACUGCUGCUGCUGCUGCUGCUGCUGACAAGGCAGGGCGCAGUGCGACUUCAGACGCAAACCAAGCCGAUGGGCAUGCGUUUGCCGUGCCAGCCGGCCUGCCCGCACCUGCAGCGCCUGUGCAUCCCAGCUCACCAUCCAGUGGCAGUGCCAUGGAACCCGCUGCGCCGUCUGCUUCCCCACGCCAUCGCUCUCGCGAGCGCCGCCGUCAUUGCGAGGGUUACGCCGGCUCUUUGUUUCGGCCGCGCCCCACGUACUGGGCCGACACCUUGGUUGACCUCGACCUCUCUUACACACAGGUGUCUGACGAGGACGCCACCCGUGAUCUGCCACAGCUGCGCUGCUUGCAUCGCCUCUCUCUGGAGGGAUGCAUGCGCCUUUCGCAGGUCACAUGGGCGCCGCUGCUGCUCCACCUGCGCGAGCUGAACUUGUCGCUGUCCUCCCUCCAAGGGCACGCACUGCACCCGCUGGGGCGCUGCCCACGGCUGGUGUGGCUGAAGCUAGAGGGGUGCUCGUCAUUCACCGCCGUUCAUCAGCUGUGGAACAGGGAGGCAGACACGGUCGAUGCAGGAGCGGGGGGCGAUGGCAGCGGUUCGUCAGCCGCAGUCGCGCGCAUUGUCGCUUCCGCCACGCCUUUGGUUCGUCACACCACCAUCGGCGGUAUUCCAGCCAUCACGGUGCUGCCCCCGCCUGCAGGGCUGAUUACGACUUCCACAGCAACAGCCGCGCCAACGGCGGCACCAGCUCUGAAAACCUCUCCCUCUACCGGUGCGCGCGCGGCGACAGCAGCCGGGGGUGUGGCGGUGGCGGAUGCUCAUGGCGAGGGCAGCGCCGCCGCCGCUGUCGACGAAGCGAUGGCAGCAGGAAGUGCCGAGCCCGUUCCUCUGCUGAGUGCGCUCUGCGUCCUCAUCGCCACCAGCACAGGUCUGACCGAUGCCGGGCUUCGUUUCCUCAACAGGUUGGUCGGGCUCGACUGCUUGGUGCUGGACCGGUGCCCUGGGGUAACAGACGUUAACGUCGCUGCAACGCUGCCGUCUCUGCACACCCUGGACGCCAGUCGCACCCGCGUGACGUCGGAGGGGGUAGCGGGCUUGCGCCUCUCUCGCACACUGAAGCAGCUGCGGCUGCAGGAGUGCCUGGCGUUGUCGCGCCUACCGGUGCUCUUGCUUGAGCCCGGCAACCGUGAGACUACCACGGCUGGUGGUGCUGGAGACGAGGCAUCGGGGCCACGUCGACCGGAGGCGAAAACGCCCGGCAUCUCGCGUCGUCUGUUCCACAAGUACCCUCCCUUGACGGUGCUGGACCUUUCCUACACAAGGCAGCUCACAGCCGACGGGUUGGCGGGGCUUGUGGGCGACGAGGCAGCCGUGACGGCGCAGGCUGCUGCUGCCGUGGUAGAGCAGCUUGGAAGGCGAGAGGUGGACAGUGACGACAUGGGCUUCGCCCUGGCUACAGACGAGUCGCUGUCGCCGGUAUCGAUCUUUCCGCACGUACGUCACGUGCUGCUGCGUUCGUGCGACGCCGUGACGCAGCUUCGUCCACUGCGCGGCUUCACGAACGUCGUAGAGCUUGAUCUCUACCACACCAGCGUCACGGAAGCUGCUCUGACGGCUGCGCUGGCGUCUUGGACGUGUCUGGAGGUGCUCAACGUUGCAAGUACGCGAGUGCGCUCGCUGGCGGCGUGGUGUCCGUACGAGCCAAGCGAGGCGGUGGUGACUGUUGCAGCGACUACCGGACGGGGCGGGGAUGGGGGUACAGCGGAAGGCGACGGCGACCUGCAUGCGCCGCUGCCACCGCUGCCGUGGCACGGUCGACUUCCCGCCUUCGCAGCCACGCUGCGCGUACUCGUGCUUUCGAAUACCGACGUCACGGCCUCGGGGCUCGCGGCGUUGACGUUCUUCCCUCAGCUGGAGGUUCUGCAGCUGUCGAGCUGUCCGCGACUCUUGUCCUUGCAGUUCCUGGCGCUGGCUGCCGGCGGUGCAGCGCGGCGCUCAGCCCUGGGUGAGCUUACCGUCACUGAAGCAGCGUACCUCACAAACGCCGAAGCUUUCCCGUACAUCGCGCGCUGCCCUGGUCUUCGCCUUCUCUCGCUAGUGGGGUGCGUGCAGCUGGGGAGUAGCGGUACUGCACCGUCGGCGCGAGGGACGCAGCACAAGCAUCUGUCGUCCCCAACUGACGACGACGUGGGCGUGCUUGGCCGUCUGCGGGGGCUGGCAGAGCUGAACCUGUCCAGUACCGGCGUCAACCUUCUCGACCUGAAGACGAUCCUGUAUGCGUCGACGUCUCCGAGUUUGCUGACAGCGACCGCAUCGCAGCACAAGCAUCUCUAUCAGCGCGUGUCCUCGUCGCUGCAGCGCCUGUGGCUGCGCGGGUGCCGCCACCUGGACGAGGGCGCGCUCAUGUCCACAGCUGCUACAGCCCUUGAGGACAGCGAACACCCAUGCGACGGAUCUGGCAGCGGCAGCGGGCGUCCCAUGACAUGUCGGCUGCUGCCUCUGCUACGCGAGGUGUACCUCAGCCAUGGCAAGUACGGCGCUGCAGUGCUUUCUGGUCUGCUCAGCUGA